UAGCUGCUUUCGGCAGGAUGGCUUCUCAAGGCUCUCAGAAGCUGGAAGAUAAGCUAUCGUGCUGCAUUUGUUUAGAUAUGUUUGCCACUCCUGUGACUGUACCCUGUGGGCACAGUUUUUGUGAGAAGUGCAUCAGCAGCCACUGGGACAAAGAGGAAAAGGGACCUAUUGGUCAGAAUGGGUACUCCUGCCCUGAAUGCAGGAACAGUUUCCCAGAGAGGCCGCAGCUCAGCAAGACUGUGCAACUUGAAAGUCUUGUAGAGGUUGUCAGGAUGGGAGAACUGAGGGCACCUGAACCAGAGAAGGAAGCAGUAAUUCGUGAAAGGAGGUGUCCAAGGCACGGGCGGCCAUUGGAGCUCUACUGUAAGACUGAGAAUCUGCCUAUCUGCUGUAUAUGCACAGUGAAGACAUGCCAAAACCACCAGAAGGUUCUGUUUGAAGAGGAGCGAAAGCUAAAAGAGGAGAAUUUAAAGGGCACACUGGAGAAAACUGAUAAGAUGGAAAAGGAAAUCAAGGAAGAAAUCCAGAAGUUGGAGAAGCAGACAGUUGAUAUUAAGGAUUCCUCGGAGAAGUUAAAAUCAGGGGUUUUGCAAAAGUUUGUCCAGCUCAGCGAAGCCCUGAAGGAAUGCCAAAGGAAGGCACUGGAGAGAAUUGAAACGGAGCAGGUUGCUGUACUAGGCCAAGUGCAAGAGAACUGGGAUCAGCUCCAGCACCAACAUGCCACUGUUAAUGAGCACAACAAGAAGGCCCAGGAGCUGCUGGCCUGUACUGAUGACAUGGCAUUUCUGGAGGAAUUUCUGUUCCUCCCUGUUAUUGGCAGCUUGGAAGUUCCUCCAGCUCUUGAAUUUGAUUUGGCUGGCAACGUGGACUCUGUCACUAAAUUCUUCAAUAAGGUCUCCUGCAUUUGUCAGGAAGCUUUGUCAAAUUCCUUGGAUCAAGAAGCAGCUGACACACAAUCCUCACUGGAACCAAAGGUAGUCAUGGUGAGAGCUGCACAGGGUCUUCCAGAGAAUGAGUUAAGAAUACGUCUUUUAAAAGAUCAUCGGAAUUUGACCUUUGACUCAACCACAGCUAACAAAUAUCUGCAAUUGUCCGACCAGAGCCGGAAGGCCAAACACACUCAAGGCUUUCACAGUACACUGUGCAGUGACCCACAAAGGUUUGAGCCAUGGCAGAUCCUGUGUGCACAGCAGUUCACCCAGGGCAAUCACUACUGGGAAGUCAAGCUGUCUGGCCAGUCUGUCAUUGUUGGCGUUGCUUACAAGAAAAUCCCAAGAAAGAGAAGGGCUGGUCGCACAUUCACCAUUGGGCUAGAUGAGCUCUCCUGGGGACUGCAUGUUCAAGAAGAUUGCUAUUGGGCUUACCACAACAGUGAUUUCAAGAAGAUAAAAAAGCCCUUAUGCAAAUUAAUUGGAGUCAAGUUGGACUAUGACGAAGGAGUCCUAUCCUUCUAUGGCAUAGAGGACCAUAUGGAACCCCUCCAUUGUUUCCAUGCUAUUUUUACAGAGCCCCUUUAUCCAAUUUUUUGGCUUUGCGAAGGCACAGCAGUUACCCUCUGCCAAAAGAACCAGGGCCAAGUUAUAGCUGAUGGUCAGCUUCCUGGCUCACAGACAGUUUCUGGUGUUGUGGAGCAACCAUGAGAUGGGCAGAUAGCUCUGGAACACUGAGGGUGAUAUCAGCAGAGUUUAAAGCAGAGUCACUCUGGUAAGAUGAGAAGAUCUAUAGUCUUCUUGCACUCAUUGCAGCCUCCUAGCACACUUGGAAAAGAAUACUCU